AUGACUGCUGAACAAAUUAAAGCGUUAAAAACUAAGCGCGGUAAUGCCAAGCGAUCGUUAACGACAUAUGAAAACUUUCUAAAGAAAUUUGAUCCGUCGAAAGAUUUUCCAAUCCUUGAGAAGCGGUAUAAAGAAAUUGAGACGGUUCGGAAAUUAUUUGAAGAAUAUCAACAUGAAUUAGAGGCACUUCUUGAGGAGUCUGAAGAAUUAACCGCAUAUCGCACCGAAUUCGAAAAUCUAUAUUAUGAAACUUACGCAAUCGCGACGAACCUUCUUUCAGAACAACGCAAGCGAGACACUUCUUUGGUUUCGUCUCCAACAACCUCGAGUCCUUCUGCAACCUCCAGCUCGUCACUCUCGGUAUCUCAAGGCGUUGUAUCGUCAAUUGCAGCUCAGCUUGUUAAUACCGUUCCUAUCCCUUCUGUAACUAUCUCUCCUUCGAAUCAAUCGGCUGUGUUAUCAACUCCCACACCGGUUAAUAACAAUUUUACCGCACCUCAUGCAUUUAACCAUCCUAUGAGUAUGUUACCUGCUUUACCGACCAUCACUCUACCUACCUUUAGCAGGUCCUUUGACACUUGGUUGGGAUUUUAUGAUCUGUUUAACUCGUUGGUCAACGAGGAUCACAAUAUUCCACAUAUACGAAAAUUAAUCUACCUAAAAGGUUGCUUAACUGGCGAAGCGGCCAACGUAAUAUCUUGUCUUGAAACGUCAUCUCAAAACUACGAGGUAGCGUGGGGCUUACUAAAAGAACGGUACGAUGACAGAAGAUUUAUACGGGACAGUUACAUAAAAUCUUUGCUGGAUACUCCUCCAAUCUCAAAGGAGUCUUCUAUCCGAUCAUUUCUUGAUCACAUACAACGGCAUCUGCGUGUCUUAAAUCAGCUUGGUGAGCCCACCGAUUAUUGGGACUCAUUAUUGAUCGUGCUAUUCGUAAGCAAAUUUAACAAUUUUAUGCGGGAGCGAUGGGAGGAAUUCAGUUGUGGCGUAAGUAAACCCACAAUGAAGCAGAUGCUUACCUUUUUAACAAAGCGCGCUCAACUUGAAGGUUCUAGGGCUCAAGCACCUGCGCCUCCUCCAAAUAAUUCUAGGCAAGCACCGUCAAACGGACGAGCUCAAUCGCGUUCUCAGCAAUCGUUCGCAGCUUCUACCUCUCAAAAUCGCUGUCUCUAUUGUCAAGGUGGCGAUCAUUAUAUCUAUUCGUGUAAGGGCUUCGCAGCUUUAUCACCGUUUGCUCGCUAUGAAGCGGCAAAAGGGUCUAAUUUAUGCACUAAUUGUCUUCGUAAGGGUCAUCACUCUUCACAGUGCCCUUCAGGAAAGUGUCAAGCGUGUGGUUAUAGACAUCAUACUCUACUUCACUUCGAUAAAUCAAAACCUGAAAUGCCGCCUUUGAAUGCAUCUGCGACGGCCUUCGAUAUGCCUAAAUCGACUAUAAAUAUGCACGCUCAGGUCUCAUCUGAAGCGUUGCUAGCUACAGCUAUUGUGGACCUUGUAAAUAAGCAAGGAAAAAUCAGGCAAUGCCGAGUAUUCCUGGAUGCAGGAUCUCAGGCGCACUUUAUCACAGAAAAGGCUGCUAAGUUCUUAAAUCUGGAUAAAAAGGCGGUAAACAUCUCAGUAACUGGGGUGGACAACACCUCUACAAGUGUCAAACACUCUGCUCGCGCCACUUUAAAAUCGCGUCAUAGCAAAUUUCAAAAAAUUGUUGAAUUUUUAAUUGUUCCCCAGAUCAGCCAGUCAAUGCCAUCCAUUGCCAUUAAUGUAACUCAGCUCGAAAUACCUAAAAAUAUAUCCCUCGCGGACCCAGAGUUCUAUAAGCCGUCUGAGGUCGAUGCUCUGAUCGGAGUGAAGCUCUUUUAUAAGCUCCUUAGUGUGGGACAAAUUUCCCUCAAAAAUCAUCCCGACGCUGUUCUGCAUAAAACGCUGCUUGGGUGGAUAGUUGCUGGGGAAAUAAACAGCAAUUUGAGCGUUUCCAACGUGUCGUGUCAUCUUAAUUUAAACUCACCAUCGUCUGAUAUCUCUUUAACCCGAUUUUGGGAGGUGGAAGAAAUUCCGUCUGUUGCAAUCUUAUCUUCGGAAGAAAAGGCUUGUGAAGAGCACUAUAAGCUUCAUACCACUCGGACUGUAGAGGGUCGGUAUGUAGUUCGCUUGCCGUUCAACAGCAAAAAGAGCAGACUAGGCGAUUCAUAUUCGUCAGCCUUAAAAAGAUUUUUUGCGCUAGAAAGGCGUUUCCAACGAGACCAUGCAAUCAAGCAUGAUUACCUCGAAUUUUUGCGGGAGUAUAAAGAGUUGGGUCACAUGUCGGUGUCCGAUGACUUAUGUGAAGAUCAUUUAGGGUUCUAUCUCCCUCAUCAUGCUGUCCUAAAGGACGACAGCAUCACCACCAAGAUCCGUGUAGUCUUUGACGGUUCUGCGAAAACAUCUACGGGAAUUUCCUUGAAUGACACUUUAAUGGUUGGUCCACAACUUCAGGAUAGUUUAUUUACAAUACUCACUCGUUGGCGAUCUCACCCUUACGUGCUCACUGCCGACGUAGAGAAGAUGUACAGGCAAAUCCUCGUACACCCCGAGGAUGCAAUCUACCAAAAAAUUCUGUAUCGCGAAACCUCUCAAGAGCCCAUUAAGACCUGUUUGCUGAGCACAGUCACCUAUGGCACUGCUUGUGCGUCUCACUUAUCAGUGCGCACCCUUCAUCAACUUGCUUACGAUGAAGGUCCUGCAUACCCUCUGGCUGUCAUCGCUCUGCUGAGGGACUUCUACGUCGACGAUUUGUUUACCGGCGCUAAAACUCUCGCAGAAGCAGAGUGCAUACGUGACGAAUUAAUUAAUUUAUUGAAAAGGGGCCUCCUUGGCCCUAUAAUUGUCUAUGCUAAGAUAAUAAUGCAGCUUUUGUGGAAGGCUGGACUGGCCUGGGAUGAAUCAAUCCCGAUCUCAAUUCACUCACUAUGGGCCCAAUUUCGGGCCCAGUUGUCUAUGAUUGAAGAGCUGCGUUUCAAGCGCAGCGUUGCUUUCUCGGGAGCAGUCGAUGUCCAAUUGCAUGGAUUUUGUGACGCAAGCGAGCGAGCAUACGGAGCAUGUAUCUACAUCCGCUCUAUCGAUGAGGCUGGGCAUGUUCGUACUCAUCUGGUUUGUUCAAAAUCACGAGUUGCCCCAGUGUCAUCACUAUCAUUACCUCGAUUAGAGCUCUGCGCUGCGUUAUUGCUUUCCAGACUCUAUGACGUAGCUAUUAAAACCCUAUUGUUGGAUAUUAAGGACGUUUACUUAUGGUCUGACUCGACUAUCACACUUCAUUGGAUAAAUACCCCUCCUCAUCUACUAAAAACCUUCGUUGCCAAUCGAGUGGCGGAGAUUCAGAGGCUUUCUCAUCGUUGCCAUUGGCGCCACGUGUCUUCUCAAGACAAUCCCGCGGACUCUAUUUCGCGUGGCCAAACUCCGGCUGAGUUCGUGGCCAACAGCAUCUGGCAGACUGGCCCAAGUUGGCUGCAGUGCGAGCCUAGCACUUGGCCCAAGGGAGCUCUCCCUUCAAUCGACAUUCCAGAAAUGAAGCCUAUAAUUCCCGAUCGCGUGCUUUGUAUGAAAAUAGAGUGCGGACUCAAUGAUCUGCUCGAAAAAUACCACUCUAGCCAUAAAUUAAAACGGGUAGUGGCUUACGUAAUGCGUUUUGUUUACAACGCUCGCCAUAAAAAUCAUCGCAGAUUUGAUCGAUUAAGUUUACAGGAGCUACAACAAGCUCAUGAUCUCAUAAUAAGGAUUACUCAGCACUCCGCCUUUCUGAAAGAAAUAAAGCAACUAAAAAACAAUGAAGUUAUCUCCGACAAUAGUAAAUUAAUUCCGUUAAAUCCCUAUCUUGACGAGCAAGAUCUCCUAAGAGUAGGAGGAAGGCUGGCUCGUUCCUCGCUAACUAAGGAGCAGCAACACCCCCUGCUCUUACCAGCUCGUCAUUAUAUAACGCGUCUUAUCAUAACCGAAGAGCACGUGCGGCUGAAGCAUGCUGGCACUCAAGCCACCCUAUACUCGGUGCGUCAAACGUAUUGGCCCUUAGACGGUCGCAACAUUACGCGAAAAAUUAUCUAUCGUUGCAUUACCUGCUUUCGAGCGAAACCGCGUGCCGCUGAUCACGUCAUGGGAAUCCUGCCUGAACCCCGUGUCACCCCUUCCCGUCCUUUCCUCCGUGUUGGAGUCGACUACUGCGGUCCUUUAUACAUAAAGGAAAAACGCUUUCGCAAUCGUAGCCGAUUGAAGGUUUAUGUCGCAAUUUACGUAUGCAUGUCAACCAAAGCAGUUCACUUAGAACUAGUAAGUGAUCUCACCACCGAGGCCUUUAUUGGCAGCCUCCGAAGAUUGUUUUCAAGGCGUGGAAAAUCUCUCGAGAUAUACUCGGAUAACGCCACGAAUUUCGUCGGGGCAAACCGUGAGCUUAAUGAACUGCAAACAUUGUUUAAUUCGGAGGAGCAUAAGAACUCCGUCCUAAGUUUUCUUACGUCCGAAAGGAUAACUUGGCAUUUUAUUCCCCCUCGUGCCCCCCACUUCGGUGGGCUCUGGGAGGCCGCCGUAAAAUCUUUUAAGCAUCAUCUGAUUCGUACAGUUGGUGAUACGCUGUUAACAUUUGAACAGCUCGAGACGUGCGUUAUAGAAAUAGAAGCAAUUUUAAAUUCCCGCCCUAUUUCUCCUAUGUCCUCUGAUCCAAAUGACCUGCUCUCCCUUACCGCUGGUCAUUUCCUAGUUGGUGGUCCUCUGACAAGCUUUCCUCAGGACGACCUCACCGACACACCAUCUAAUCGCCUAUCAGCUUGGCAACAUGCUCAGCAGCUGAAGCAACAUUUUUGGAAGCGCUGGCACAAGGAAUACCUACACCAACUCAUAACCCUGAGCGGGCACCUCGACAAAUCGAACGUUCUACAGGUUGGUUCACUGGUGCUUAUUGUAGAAGAAAAUCUUCCUCCACUUCAAUGGGCGCUAGGGCGCAUUACCACAGUACAUCCCGGAGCAGACGGCAUCAUCAGGGUGGUUACCGUGAAGACUUCCACCGGCGAAUACAAACGCUGCACCAAACGCGUGUGCCCAUUGCCCCUUGACUAG